AUGAAUUUUUUUGAAGCCGAAGAGGAGCAAAAUCAUAAUGAUUCUCAAUAAUAUAUCAAUCAAUGCAAUUUUAAUCAAUAGGAAUACGAGGUUGAAUAUCAACCAUGCAGUAUAUCCAAAACCUAAAAGAAUUCAACACGAUCUCUUACCAAAGAGAUGGCAUCUCUCAACCUAAAGUCUGUAAGCUCAAAAAGAAUAUCAAAAAUCAAAGUUCUCCUAAAAUGUAAUAAAAUAUACACUCAUCCUCUAGAUUAAAAGUUAAUGCUUCGGGCUAUCCGAAGAGAAGCCCAAUAUAACCCCAUGACGUCAGACGAAGUAUAGGUUGGCUAUCUAAGUUACACACAGGAUUGA